CAUAUGAAGAGGUCUCAGAGUAAAAUCGCCUUGAAGAAUGGCAGCAAAGGGGAUGAGGUUGACGAGAAUGUGAGAGAAUCGAAGCGUCCUCCAUUGCAGCGGAGAGCCAGUGCUCGCAUCCAAGCGAUUAUGCAGAAAGCAGCUGACGAGCUUGAGGUCGUAGAAGACAAGAAUGAAGGUAGUGAGAUGGCCAAAGAGAACAAGCUCCAUAGAAAAAGUCGUAGUGAAGAGAGUGUUGGUGAGGCAGAGGUAGUAGAGGUAGACGUUCGUGAGGUCGAGGUUGUGGAAGGAAGUGUGUAUAUGGAGAAUGAAGUUGGUGUUUCAGCUGAGAGGAGUGAACCUCUCAGUGUUGACGAGACAAUUAGGCUGUUUAAUGAGCAUUACCUUUCUCAUCUUCAGAAAAAGAAGAAAAAGCCGGAAGUGUGCGCCAAGCUUGAGGUUGAGGAUGUGGGAGGAAAGGAGGAUACUGAAAAUGCAGUUGGGGUUUUGGCUAAAAAGAGUGACUCUGUUAAGGUGAAGGAAACGAUUAGGUUGUUUAACAAGCACUAUCUUCAUUUUAUUCAGGAAGAAGAGACGAGAUGUGGGAAGAUACAAGCUGAAAAGGUUUCAAAAUCUAAGAAAGGCGCUCCACCUGAAGAUUUAAAGUCCAAAGCCAAGAGGCCUGAUUUGAAGGCCAUGUCAAAGGUGUCAUAA